AUGCCAUGAAAAAGGACUCAAGUCGAACUUUCUACUUCAAUAGGUAUGUUGCUAGUGAACGAUCAGUUGGAAUUUUUAUCUGGAGCUCUCUAGUCAGGCCAAAACAGCACUGAAAAUCUCUGAAUAAAAAUUCACUAUCCAAAUUCCAAGUUAACACCUUAAGUUUUUCCGUUUCUGAAUCCGUGAAGCCUAGCCUCUGCCCGAAGCAACAAUAUGUGCGGUUAUGGAUGCGGUCCCUAUGGCUAUGGACCUUCGGGUCCUUGCGGACCAUGGUGCGGACCCUGGUGUAGUCCUUGUGCCCUCUCGCUAGGACCCUAUUCCUGCUGUGGACCCAGUGGAUGCGGACCAAGCGGCCCAGCGUGUUGGCCGUAUGGCUUGUACACCUGCUAGGCUUCAGAAGGAUAUCAGAAACGUGUGAGCCAUUCCCCAAGAAAUUUAAUACCAGCUCGGACAAUGGCAAUUACAUUGGAUAGCAUAAUAAAAAUAUGUUCCCGUUGUUUUCAUUAAAGACCAUAAUAAAAUGUGGGGAAAGGCAGAUGGAAAUCGCAGCCCCUAACAAAUUUGUCCACCAAUCCUUUCGCGAAUCCGCUUAAGCCUUUUACAUAAAAUGUUGAAAAAGCUAGAACACAUCUU